AUGGCCGCCCUGUGGGCUUUGGUCACGCAGUCGGCUCUGAUUCUGAUUGCGCUGACCUCCUGGGGGACAGGAGCGCACUUCACCUUUAAUCAGAGCCGCCAAUCUACUCUGGCCUCCCACCGGCCCACACAAGGCGUCCCUGGGAGCUGCCGGAGCCGCGCCACACGUUCUGUGACGGUGAGGCAGCAACUGCUGUGUGUCCUGCUGCAGGCUCUCUUCAGCCUGCUGCUGCUGCGGCCCGCGUCCGGCGAGCGCUCGUGUCCGGUCAGCUGUCGCUGCGAGGGCAAGAUCGUCCACUGCGACUCGCUGGCCUUCCCGGAGGUCCCGGAGAACAUCUCGGUGGGCUGCCAGGGCUUGUCGCUGCGCUCCAACCAGCUGCACGCCCUGCUGCCCUACCAGUUCGCGCACCUGAACCAGCUGCUGUGGCUCUACCUGGACCACAACCAGGUCGCCCAGGUGGACAGCCGCGCCUUCCAGGGCCUGCGGCGCAUCAAGGAGAUCGUCCUGAGCACCAAUCAGAUCUCGCAGCUCCACAACGCCACCUUCCACGGCGUGCCCAACCUGCGCAGCCUGGACCUGUCCUACAACAAGCUGGAGUCGCUGCCGCCCGGGCUGCUCCACGGCCUGCGCAAGCUCCAGAACCUCCACCUGCGCUCCAACCUCCUGCGGGACCUGCCGCUGCGGGUGUUCCUGGAGUGCCGCAGCCUGGAGUUCCUGGACCUGGGCUACAACCGGCUGCGCGUGCUGACGCGCACCAUGUUCCUGGGCCUGUCGCGCCUCAUGGAGCUGCACCUGGAGCACAACCAGUUCUCCCGCAUCAACUUCUUCCUGUUCCCGCGGCUCACCAACCUGCGCGCGCUCUACCUGCAGUGGAACCGGAUCCGCGGGGUCAACCAGGGCCUGCCCUGGGCCUGGCACACCAUGCAGAAGCUGGACCUCUCCGGGAACGAGAUCCAGGCGCUGGACCCCGUGGUGUUCCAGUGCCUGCCCAACCUGCAGGUGCUCAACCUGGAGUCCAACAAGCUGGCCAACGUGUCGCAGGAGACGGUGGUGGCCUGGGACUCGCUGACCGCCAUCAGCCUGGCGGGCAACACGUGGGACUGCGGCCCGGGCAUCUGCCCGCUGGUCAACUGGCUGCGCAACUUCCGCGGCACCAAGGACACGAGCAUCAUCUGCAGCACGCCCAAGCACCUGCAGGGGGAGAAGGUUCUGGAGGCCACGCGGUACCUGGCCGACUGCGAGGACACGGAGCUCUACGAGAGCACCACCUUCCCGCCGGCCAUAGAGCCCGACACGCCCGAACCCACCCCUGAGCCGACCACCCCCUACACCAGCCCUCUUGCCCCCCUGCGGCCCCCUGCCACCCCGACCCCCAGACCUCCCAUGGCGCCGCCGCCGCUCCCCCAGCCGAACGCCCCGAGCCGCAGCGGAUCAGACCAGCGCGCCCCUCGUCCACCCCCUCGCCCGAGAGCCUCCCGCUGACUCUCCCCCCCCCGGGAGCCCGACCGCAUCUCCUUCCACAAGGUGGUGGUGGGCAGCGUGGCGCUGUUCUUCUCCGUCUCGCUCGUCUCCACGGUGGUGUACGUGUUCUGGAAGCGGCUGCCGGGCCUGGCGCGUCUGUUCCAGCAGCGGGCGGCCGUGGGCCGCAAGCGGCGGAAAAAGAGCCCGGAGCCGGAGCAGAACCUGAGCUCCCAGCUCCAGGAGUACUACAUGAGCUACAACCCGGCCGCUGCGCCCGAGAGCAUGGACGUGCUGGCCAACGGGGGCACGGGCGCGUGCACGUGCACCAUCUCGGGCUCGAGGGAAUGCGAGAGUGAGUUCCCCUGCCCCAGACCACUGCCGGGCUCCUGGCUGGGCGAUAUGUCCUCCUUGCACUAGAGGGUCGUCCCAAUCAGCUGCUCCGCUGAACCAGUGGCCAAGAGGAGAGAGCCGGGAGAAG